UGGCAUCUCUACUUUUAAGGUGACAGGACGCUCAACCCGGAUGUGACUGACGAGCACUUCCGUGUCAUCGGCCCGCUGAGCUGGCCGAUCGGUAACCGUGCGAGGUGAGCAGUGCAAGAUGAAUGCGGGCGGUUGGCUAAUGGUGUGCGGCUUGGCUCUCCUGACCGUUAGCCUUCCGUCGGACGCUUGGGACGCAGACCUGGAGCUUCUGGAUCUGGUCGAGGAGAUCCCGGACACCUUCUACCGCUUCAUGUCGCUCGAGCAGGAUGCAUCGGCAUCAGAAAUCAAAAAGGCCUAUCGCCGCCUGUCACUCGUUUUGCAUCCUGACAAGAACAAAGAUGAAAAUGCUGAGACGCAGUUCCGACAGCUGGUGGCCAUUUACGAAGUCCUGAAGGAUGACGAGAGACGACGCAGGUACGAUGACAUCCUGGUAAACGGACUUCCUGAUUGGCGGCAACCCGUCUUCUACUACCGCCGCGUGAGGAAGAUGAGCAACAGCGAGCUGGCCUUCCUGCUCUUCAUCAUCAUCACCGUCGGCCACUACGCCGUCAUCUGGUCCGUCUACCUGGAGAAGCUGCUGGAUGAAAUGCUGGCCAAAAAGAAGAGAGAAAAGAAGAAGAAGAUCAACGCCAAAGACGAAGUUAAGAACGGUGCAACCGACCGACCUGACAGGGCUCAGGAGCGCCCCCAGUGGCAGGACAUUCUUCCUUUUAAAGUCAGCAUGUGGAUCUACCUGUCAAUCAAACACAUGCCCCAAACCCUGCAGGAGGUGCAGCAAUACUAUGAAGACUACAAGCUGAUGAAGAAGGAGCAGCAAAGAGAAGAGGAAGAGCAAGAAAAAGCUCAACAGGAAGUUGCGAGCAGAGAGAAGCGGACAAAGGUGAAGAAGCCAAAGAUGGACUUCCCCGUUUACCAGCCGACGGCAGACGAGGCGAACCUUCAAAGUUACCAGCAGACCGGAUCCAUCCAGGAAGUGGAAGAGCAGCUGGACCAAUGGCUGCAGGAGCAGAGGCCCGUCAGGAAGCAGGCGACGGAGUGGAGCGAGGAGGACAUCAGCCUACUAAGCAGACUGAUGGGAAAAUUCCCCGGAGGAACGCCGGGUCGCUGGGACAAAAUCGCGCACGAGCUGGGGAGAUCCGUGACAGAUGUGACCACCAAAGUCAAACAAGCCAAAGACCCCGCCCACCUCAGCACAGGUCUGGUGAAGCUGUCCGAGUUGAAGGGGCCGUCUCUUCCCGCGAAGUCGCUUUCCGUUUGUGACGCCAUUACGAUACGCGGAGCGGGCGUGGACGACAAGGGGCAGUGCCAAAACGAACAAGUUGCGGCGGUCAAACGGAGGAACAGGAAGUGUGCGGUUGCGGCCGACGAGGGGGAGGCGGGGCGCCUCAGGUCCCGGCGGCAGAAAGACUUCAACCCCGAUGAGGUGGACGACGAGGAGGAGCCUGUAUCGGCGCAGGAGAACAAGGACAAGGCGGAGGUGGCGGCGGCAGCGUGGACUCAGAACCAGCAGAAGCUUCUGGAACUGGCCCUGCAGCAGUUUCCCAGAGGAAGUGCCGAGCGAUGGGAUCGCAUCGCCAAAGUGGUUCCUGGGAAAAGCAAGGAGGACUGCAUGAUUCGUUACAAGAUGUUGGCAGAGCUGGUCCUAAAAAGGAAACAAGCAAAGAGCUGAUGAAGCCCGACACCACCUCCGAGUGUGACCGUUCACCCCAAAAAACACGCUCACAGUUUUUUGUGUUGCAACACGAUGGACCUCAUUUCUUCAUGUGCCUUAGACCCUCCAGGCAUGCUGCCUAUUAAUCAAAUGUUUGAUUCAUAAUUAAAAAUAUUUAUUAUCAAA